AUGGGAGAUGAAUGGUGUUCGUUGCGGCCUCUUUUUAUUGACCGCUGGGUGCGGCGGUGUGGGGUGCAGAAAACAAUAAACUGCCUCAUCAUGGACCUUGUCGCCGCCCACCCGGAAGACGUAAUGGCAUUUAUUCAUGCGUGGAGUGCGCCAAGGCGAGUGGAUGCGACCACGCCCAACGCCGCAUGCUGUUCUAACAAGGCUCAGCAAGAGGAAAAUGUUCGUGAGGAGCAGGGGCAAAGUCAUGUCUUUGAAUGGCCGUCCAGCUCAGAUCAGGUCGGGGACCGUGUCGGGAAUGAGGAUAGCGGCACUACUGUGCCGUUGGUCCGGGCAGAGGAACCAACCGUGCAGGAGCUACGCUCGCGCUACCCGGACGCCAGGACGUCUCCCUUUGCACUCCUGGUGAGUGAGGAAAACUUGGACGCUCAGUUUCGCCGCAGUAGGUCCGUCUCGGCGAGCAGUAGCGGUUUAAGCGGUUGCAUGGGCCGUGGCAACUACGGUUUUGUGGUUCCUGCCGUCCUUCUGCCGGAGCUGGGAUCGGGGGAGGACAAUCCUGGCAAUUAUGGCAAUGCUGAUCACCCGGGUAAUGCGCACACCCCCGCUAGCGGAGGGGCGAGUCGCAUGGUGGCUAUAAAGGUUAGUCGGGUACAGGCGGCCUGGUCAUUGGAUGAGGCCAAUUCCCUGCGCCUUGUGACGGAGUCUCGUCACUGGCUGGAACAGGAGGUGCAGAGGCUGCAACAGGAAUUAGAUGCGCUCCGUGAGACGCGUGCAGUUGAGGGUGUUCUACAGCCACAAGAAGAAGAUGCGCAGGCGGUGCAUCCGAAAAGCAUUGAUGCCAUUGCCAUACUUGAGUCCCGCCUGCAGUUUCAGAGUUUCCAGUUACAAGGGGCUCGACGUGUGACGAGUCUGGCCGGCGAUGUCAUGUAUGACGUGGAGAGGGAUGCCAUGUGGUUCCCACUUGAUUUCUACCCUUCAUCACUGAAAAAGUGUAUUCGAGCCCGUCGCAAGAUUUGCACGGGUUCUUUUUCAGUCACGAACCCGUUUCCUGAUAUCAUGGUAAAUAACACCGGGGACACUGUCAUGGCGUUAUUCUUUUCCGUGCGAGAAAUUCAACACGUGGCGUGGAACCUUUGUUGUGCGCUGCACUUCCUUAACACCACCUGUUGCCUCUGCCACCUGGACGUGAAGGUGGACAACAUUCUUCUCUCCUCUUCAUGGGUCUCGAGCGGUCCCGAGUCGAACGGAGCAUUCCCAUUGGCUAUGGAACAGCCAUCUGGCCCUCUAGGCGAUACUGAUGGCCCGCCACUGCCCCAAAUUGUGUUAGGCGACCUUGGACUCGCACAGCGCCUUGGCACCCCCAUUAUGCAGCUCGGGGACUUUAGUACGAUGGCCCCGGAGGUGUAUUGGGCCGCUGAGAACCCUACCCACCCGGCGUGCCGCACGCCGGUGUUCUGCGCCUCUAGCGACAUGUGGAGCGUUGGGUGUGUUUUGCUGCAGAUGAUCAAUGGGCUCGAAUACGGCGGGUGGGGGACACCAGAUUUGUUUGCUGCACUCGAGGACAACUACCUGUCGCCCGCGCUGCGGCACCCCGAGGUGUGGCCGAUGCAACUGAACGAUUUCAUCGCACGCUGCUUUGAGCGGGACCCACGACGUCGCAUGCAGGCCGGUGACGCACUCCAUCACCCAUUUUUAUCAUGCCUGUAG